AUGGCUAUGCAGGCCGGACAGUCGUGCCUGUCGUCGGCGUCGUCGAAGAGCAAGGAGAUCGUCGUUCGCGUCUACAUCUCCGAGGACGACAUCCGCAAGAUCCGCGUGAUCCGGCCGUCGAGCCGCGAGCUGCUCUACCAGAUCCUCGAGGCGCGCCUCGGCCUCACCAACAUCAGCGUGCAGUACUACGACCGUGACCUCGACGGCUAUGUCAACGUCGAGACGCUCGACGACAUCACCGACAAGUGCACGCUGCGCGUCUUCCAGAACAGCGGCCGCGUCGUCGCGCCGCCGCCGGAGCAGAUCAUCGUGCCGAUCGCGCCCGUGCUGCACCCUGGCGGCGGGCAGCGCGCGGCGAUGGGCGAGGCGCCGGGUCGCGCCGGGGGGUCGGGCGUGUCGCCGCCGGCGAAGGUGCAGUCGCGCGGCGGCGGAGAGCGGCGCUCGUUGGGGAAGGACGACGGCGCGGCGGGCGGUCGCGGAGGCGGCGGCGACGUGGUGAUGGGCAACGGAGAGACGCGCAUGCAGCAACAGGGGCAGGGGUUCGGCGGCGGCGGUGGCUUGGGUGGCAUGCGGAGGAGCAACCAGAGCGCGGACGUGUGGAGCAGUCGGCAGCGCGGCAGCAACGACCAGCCCGGCGGCCGGAACGGUCAGUCUAGCUCGGCCAUGCAGAGCUUGAACGGGCAGUCCUCCUCCGGCCAGAAUUUCUCCGGGCAGUCCGGUAACCAAGGCUAUGGCAGACGGUCCAACAACUUGAACUUCGGCGGGCAGUCCGGUAACCAAGGUUACGGCGGGCAGUCCGGUAACCAAGGUUACGGCGGGCGGUCCGGUAACCAGGGAUACGGCGGGCAGUCCGGCAGCAACCGGAACUUUGAUGGGCCGUCCGGCAGCCAGAUGGCCGCUCAGAAUCUGCCAGGUGUCAACCUGUUUCGACCGCAGAGCUUGCAGUGGAAGCAGAACCUUCAGGCGCAGUCGCAGCCGGGCAUGCCGCGUUUCUCCGGGCAGUUUGUCGGCUUCUCGCUCAGCCGGCAGAACUUCGGUCGUUAUCCGAGGGUGCCAUUCUGA